AUGGUCCUCACUCCAUGGAGACAAGCCAUAUUUGUGGUCAUCGAUACAAGUCUCGGGGAUAUUGGGUUGCUGAAUUUACUGAGCAUUGCAAUUGUAAUCAUCCAAUACAAGAAGCUUGUAAACUAUAAAGAUUCAGAAUACUUUGGCAAUGCCGAUAGAAUUGACACACUGAUAGAAUGGAUAAACAAGGUGGGAAGAAAAGCUGACAGUUUCACACAUGGUGUUCGUGAGCAUGUUAGAUUGGGGCCCAAGGUAUCUACAACUCUGAAGGGGAAAUUGAGGUUGGCAACCAGAGUUCUUCAAGAAGGUGGUGUUGAGAAGUUAUUCAAGCAGAUCUUCAAUGUUAGAGAAGGAGAGAAGCUAUUGAAUGCUUCCCAAUGUUAUUUGUCAACAACAGCUGGUCCUAUUGCAGGGCUCCUCUUUAUCUCCAAUGAAAAUGUUGCCUUCUACAGUGAGAGAUAUCUAAGAUUCACUCUGCCAACACAAGAGUUGAUUAGAAUACCUUAUAAGGUCAUGAUUCCAUUACAGAAGAUAAAGGGAGCCAACCGAAGUGAAAAUGUGAAAAAUCCAAACCAGAAGUACAUACUAGUAACUGUGGAUAAAUUUGAGUUCUGGUUUAUGGGUUUUCUGAAGUAUCAGAAAGCUUUCAAGUAUAUUCACCAGGCCAUCUCUCAAUCUUAAGUGAGUCAGCUCUUUGUCAUUAUAACAAGAGAAUUGACGUCUGCUCCCAGGAAUUCAGCAAAGGCUAAAGCAUCAUGUACAUGUCUUGAAGCUGGUAAUGGGUGACAUCCUUCAUGGGUGUGGAGAAGUUAUCUUAAAGGGUCUCCUAGGUGAUGGUGAUUCUCUGUGCAAAUCUGGAAUGAUCUUUCAGUACUACAUGAUGAAAGUUUCUGUCGUGAAUUUGAUGAGAUCUCCUGAAACUCAAGUGCACUGAGUUUAAGAUUUGAGAGACUCUGAAAUGAGGUGGAACUGAUCAGCUCUCUAUCCUCAAGAGAAGAAGUUCAAGCUAUAUAAAGCACACCCAUGAGAGAUGGAAGCACAGAGAUAAAAGUUAUCUAGACCUCAUGGUCCUUUCUUGUAUAGGAGAAGGCAAUCUGAAAGCUCCUUUCAUUUCAUGGUGCAAUUGCUUACUCUGGCUUUGGCAUAUCUUGAAGGUUCCUAAUGAAUCUAGUUUCAAAGUUCAGAAUCCAAAACCACAUCAUAGCCUCUGUAAGGCAUGGAGUUUUCAGAGGGUUUCAAUCCCCACCUAGUAUUUGAUUUUGAUGUUACAGCUCA